UUUCCCUUUCUUCAACUCUCUGUUUCUGCUUUUGUCAUCAGUGGGUGGGGUGGGGACCUCUCUGUCAUCAACCAGGAUAUCAUCCAUGCGUUCCCUUUCUUCUGUUUACCACUAUCUGUGCCCAAAUUGGUGUAAAUAUAUCCAAAAAUCAGGUUGCAGCAUACUCUGUGUGUCCAAUCUCCAAUAUGGAUGGAUUUAACUAUAUAGCCUGGGUAGACAACCUGCGCCAGAAGUUUGAAGAUGUGUGCUUGGAGGUGGAUAAUAUCAUGUGGGAGGAAAUAAUUGGAGUUACUGAGAAUCGGUUGCAGUCAAUGGGUGCAAGUGUAACGAAAUUCUUCUCUGAUCUUGUGGAUGAUGUUAUGCCUCAAUAUUCUGCUGUCCGUGAGGCGGAAGAGGAAGCUUCUGACUUCUCUCCUGUACAGAAAUCUGGUGUUGUGGCAUAUAGAAAAUCAGAAAUGAGUAUGGAUGACGGCCACAGUGAAAAGGAAGCUUCCUUUGUGGAUAAUUUCCACCAGUUAUAUCAUCCGUCUUGUAUUAGGAGAAGGCAUUUAGAUCCUCACUUGAAGCGGAAUGAUGGUGGCACGGUACAUGAAAAAUCAAGGAUGAUUGUUAGGGGAAAUCCUAUUAAGGAGAAGAAAAAUCUGCUUGAGAGUUGGGAUAUCCUUGAAAAAGAUUCUUUCACGACAGCGUUAUCCUCACCCUUAGAUGAUGAUAUGGAGAGUUUUGAUAUCCUUGAGAAGAAAGAUCCAUUCAUGGAAGCAUUGUCCUCGAGUUUAGAUGAUAAUACAGAAAGUAAUUUUUUGAUUGGAGAAGGGGAGGGGAGCCUGUCUUCCGAUCCUUGUACUGUGAUAGGAUCCUGUGAAAGCGAAGUUUUGAACAUUGAGGUUUCUCUUAAUGUUGCUGUAGCAGAAUCGACUGGUGAUUCUGUUGAUUAUCUUUGCAAUUUUGAACAAGAAACCAUUCAACCAUCCAAUAAGGCAGAAUCUGAUGAGAGUUGCAUCAUGGUAAAUAGUAGUGAUCUUUGUGCUGCCUCUCGUGACGUGAGAAGAAGCGGGUCUGACAAGAAAAAGUCGAGGUUGAAGAGCAUUUUGGCUGUGAGAAAGAAAGUUCAAGAUGGGGACUGUGAUCACAGUCAUCUUGAUGGGGGAUGGUAUCAACAGAAUGGAAAAGGUUUAGCCGUAGUAGAUGAUGGAUUCAGCGAGUCUGAGUGGGAGAUUAUUUAAGCAAAAUACACAAGAGAGUCUGCAAAUAAAUUUGGCCAACUCAAAUGGCUGGGUGGCUUUAAUGGUGAUGAAUAAAAGAAUUUUUGUUUCAGAUGCUUCAAACUAAGAUGGGUGUGGCUUUCAUGCCUCCGGUAGAAUGUAAACAGAGAAUGAGGAAUUUAUUAGGUCGGGGAAAGGAAAUUAUAUUUCCUUCUAUUGUAGCAGGAAUUUUUUUUAAGAGGAAAAAAGACAACUUUCUAAGAGCAUUUAUUUUUUUUAA